AUGGCACCCCUUCAACGCCUAUUCACCAGCACUUUUGCUAAAAAUGCCCGCCUCUACAACCCCCUGGGAGCGCGCUACUUGUCCCAGGUACCAAGCUUCCACAGGAUCGACGCCAGGCAGAACACGACAGAAAUGCCCAGGUCAUUUUACUUGCACCAGCCAACUGUACAGAACACGCUUCUUACCAACUUCGUUAACAGGGGAAACAUGGCCAGCCUCGUACCAUACAACAACAAAUUUGGCGCAAGGUAUGACGGAGGAAUCGCCACGCUUGGAGCAGCUGUCGCACUUAUGUCUGUAGGAGGUGUCGCACAGGGUAUCGGUAACCUUUUUGCCGCCCUCGUCUCCGGUACCGCCCGUAACCCAUCUAUCAAAGAGGACUUGUUCACAUACACGCUUAUUGGUAUGGGUUUCCUCGAAUUCCUUGGCAUCGUUUGUGUGCUAAUGAGCGCUAUCAUGAUGUACUCAUAA